UCAACCUAAAAAAACAGAAGUAGAAGUCUAGAACUAGAAAUCGUAAAAAGAGGGUUUUGCGACUCCGCAAACACACAAGGGUUUCAAGAGGAAGAAGAUCAUCAUCACAGUCACCAAUGGGAACCACCCAAAUCGAGAAGACUGAGCAGGAGCUUCGUAAGGAGAUCGAAGAGCUUCACCGUCAACAAUGGGAGAUUACAGAACGGCUUCGAGACCCUCGAGGGAUCCGUCGGGGAGGUGGGACCGGGUCCGGUCCUCGUAAUUUCACCGCCACUGGUCCACCCCGUCAACGUGGUUUUGUUAGACCUGCGGAUAGGAACGAAGAAGACCAACCCGCCCCCAAACGGCGGCUUUCGUCGACUGUUGUGAAGAUUGAAGAGGGGGAAAUUGUUGAGGAUGAUGCGGGCGCUUCGAAGGUUGAUGGUGGCAACAAAGAUUCGGCUGCAGAUACGACUGGAUGGGGUGGCAAUGCUGAUAACCAGAACAAUAGAAAGACUUCAAAUUGGUCUAGGAGGGAUGGUGUUCAUAGAUCUUCCAAGAUGGAAUCUGAAGUUCCUCCAUCUGAGAAUGUUCCUAGAGUAAUACCAAAAGAUGAGGAUCCCAGCUUGGUUAAUAGGAAUAAAAGAAUGUUGGGACAGCUUCUUGGAACUCUUGAGAAAUUUAGGAAAGAAGAUGUGAAACUCUCUGGCUCAGAGGCAUAUAUGAGGAGAUCUGAUUCUCUGAAAAAAGCUGAGCAAAGAGCACGUGAAGAAAGUGAAAGAUUGAGGCUACAGGAGCGUGAGCAAAUUGCAGAAAAGAGAAGAAGAGACUUGACGCUUAGAGCACGUGUUGCUGCUAAGGCGGAGGAGAAGAAACUGGAACUCCUGUUUCUUCGGUGGAGCGAGCAUCACAAAAAACUUGGCAAUUUUUUAAGGACAAAAGCAGAGCCCCCUAUUUAUUACUCGUUUGCCAAACCGCUUGAAGAAGAUUCUACCGAACUUGAGCAAAGGAAAGAGCUGACAUUUCAAGAAUGGAAGACUGCAAGGAGAGAGGAAUUAUCGCAAUACCAACAACAGAUUGGCGAACAAUAUGUUGCCAAUGUUGAAAAAGAGCUUGAAAGGUGGCAAAACGGUAGACAAAAAAGAAACGCAAACAAUGAUACUUUGAACUUACAAGAAACAAUGGACAAAGAACUUGAGACCCAUAGGCUUGAACACGGGCCCAAGACACGUAAGAUUCCCGGUGGCGGUGAUAACGAGGACGAUGAUGACGUGGAAGACAUCAAUGCUGGUGAGGAUGACAUGAUGGAUGAUGUGCUGGAUGUUGAUGACGGUGGCAGAAGAGCCGAAGAAAGUGUGAAGCUUGAGGUGCCACCUCCGGCUAACGAAGAAGAUUAGAUUAGUUAGUGAUUUAAGUGUGGUUUUGUUUACCAAAUUUAGUUGGCUUUUCAUGUUACAAUUGUGUGCAUGUUUUUAAAUUAUUUUCUGCAAUUUUGUUGUAACAGGAUGUUAUAGUGGAUGCAUUAAACUUGAAGAAUUAUGGUAA